AUGAAAGAUAUAGAAUUGGACUGUGUUUUCUGUAAUCAUGACUGUGAAUAUCUUAAGCAUAUUUUCUUCGAGUGCCCAUAUGCAAAGACAGUAUACACGUUACCUCCUCUAGUAGGUUUGAGUCAUAAUAAUGCUGCUAAUUUCUGUUUUGCAAAUAUGUAUGCUGAUUGGAUUGCAGGGAUAAGUUCAAAUAAUGAUAUAGAAAUAAUGACAACCAAAUGUUGGUUGAUUUGUAAGGAAAGAUGCCUUAGGGUUUUCCAAUCCAAAUCUACCACAAGUGUUCAACUAGCCUUAGAAGUACAAAGACAUAUAGCUUUUUGGUCCCCUUUGAAAUCACCUUCAGAUGAAAAUAUAGGCCAAGCAGUCAAUAGUUACUCUAACCCAUCUUCACAGACACUUCACAUAGGCCAGGGAUGGACAAAACCGACUCCAAAUCAAUUUAAACUAAACUUUGAUGCUUCAUGGAUUGAUGCUUUAAACUCUGCUGGUUAUGGUCUAAUUUUUCGUGCUGAUACAGGAACUUCUAGUCAAGCCAGAGCUGGGACCUUUCAUGCUUCAUCUGCAGAAGAAGAAGAAGAUUUGAGUCUGCUGGAAGCAGCAAAGUGGGCUAAGAGUAUGAAUUUCAACAACUUCUGGGUGGAAGGUGACUGUCAGAGACUGAUACUCUAUGCUCAAGGCAAAGCAAGCAAUAUUUUUUGGAGGAACAAGGCACUAGUAGAAGAAGCAAUGAAAAUCUUGCAUUCAUGUCAUCAUUGUUAG